AUGAGUAACACAUCUCUGCUAAGCGUACUGCUCUUUGUUGUUCUAUUUGUAGUUACAGUCCGCUCACAAAUUUUCGUAAGUUUUGAAAUUCAAACUGUUUGACCUCCCUUCUUUCUUCUAGGGCUUUUUUAAAGCCUAGUGUUCAAGCCUCCUACAGCCCGUCAUUAACUUAAAUUAGCCCUAUUUAAGUUAUUAUAGACCUUUAACAAUCCUUAUAUUAACCAUGUUUGAGGACGAAGACGAAGUGAUAAACAGUCUGCUUCUAAGGAGACUACGCCGCAGUUAUGGAGCUCCUUCAGCAGUAGAGUUCCCCAGAGUUGUGGACUUUGUAGUAGAGCCAAAAAGAAACAUAAGGAACAGUGAGUUUUUACAAUUUCUUAUAAGAACUUUAUCUAGUACUAUAUUGUAUUAUACUUCCUCCUCAAACCUCACCAACCAUAUUUUAUACGACAAUUACGUAACAUGUUUGUGACAAGUUGACUAAUUCUAGUAGGCCGCUACUCAGACUACACUCCCACGCCCUGCCGAUGGAAACUGUGCGCUUCGUUGUUCGGCUACUAG